AUGGAGGGACGUGUGACGCACCAAGGCUUGCGGGCGCACACCGCCGAGGGUUCAGCGGGGCGAAUCACACAAGCGGGGUUAGCGGCCCGUAGCCCUGAAGGGACAGCGGCCAAAGGUAUGGCUAUCAAAGGCCACGAGGACCUUUGGGUGGAGAUACAGGCCAACACCUUCAGGAAUUGGGUCAACGAAACCCUAAAGCCAAUGAAUAUAAAGGUCGUAGAUUUGGUGGAAGAUUUUCGAGAUGGAACCGUGCUGUGUUCGUUGGUAGAAGCUCUUCAGGGACGAAAAUUAAGAGGUUGGAGUCAGAAGCCGACAAAUCAACACCACAAGCUGGAGAAUGUCACCAAUGCGCUACAAGCUAUAGAAGACGAUGGCGUCAAACUUGUCAAUAUCGGUAACAUGGACAUCGUUAAUGGUAAUCUAAAAUUAAUAUUGGGACUCAUUUGGUCACUCAUCGUUCGGUACCAAAUCGGCCGGAGCAAAUUCCCACCAAGGAAGUUGAUGCUAUCAUGGCUUCAGGCAUCGCUGCCAGAGUGCCGCGUCAACAACUUGACAACUGAUUGGAACAGCGGUAUUCUACUCUCAGCACUGCUCGACUACUGCAAGCCCGGUGUUUUCCCGCACUGGCGGGAGCUCAAUCGUCACGAGGCGGUGGAGAACUGUCGACGAGCGAUGAGGCUGGCACACAGAGAACUCGAAGUACCUAUGGUCUUAGAACCUGAAUACUUAGCAUCUCCUUGGCUGGAUGAGCUUUCGGGGAUGACAUAUCUGUCCUAUUUUAUGAAACCGGACUCAGCAGGUUUUCGAUCAACACUUGAAUGGGUCAACUCGCGACUGGAAAGACCAAUUACUAACUUUACGACCGACUGGAAUGACGGGCGCGUGGCAAAUGAGUUGGUUCGUUCAAUCGGAGGGCCAGCACCGCCACCAAGCCGAUUGCGUCGAGACCCUGCACGUUGGGAAGAAAAUAACCAGCUAGCUCUAGAUGCAGCGAAGAAAAUUGGUGUACAGCCAGUAUUAUCAGCGCGAGAUAUGAGCCAAAGCGAGGUAGAUCACUUGGGAUUGAUGACGUGGGCCACUCAUUUAAGAAAUGUGCCUCCUCGCCCACCUGUACAUGAUAUGUUACGUGUCGCACUUGAUUCUACGUCCGGAAGAGUCGGAGAGCCCACCUACAUAAAGAUCGAGAGUGUGUCCAAUGACUUGUCCGUAUCGGAGGUGAAAGUGUUGAUUGUGAACCCAUUGGAGCAAGAGUCUAGACUAAAGUUAGAUGCCCGAGGGGCUGGCGAGUUUGUCCCUGAGCACGCUGGUAUGCACGAAAUUGUUCUCACAGUUGAUGACAUCAGAGUGGAUGGAAGAUAUUUCUUCAGAGUUUUACCAAGAUUAGUGACAGUUCCACCACCAGGCAUGGCGCCUUGUGCCAUAGGAAGUAUUGUGGAAGUACUAGUCAGUGCCACAGGUGCACCAAGAAGACAAGACAUCGACGUUACCGCACAUUCCCCUAGCGGACGUGCCGUCCCACUCGAAGCUCGACACCCACCUCCAUCAGCACCUGGUACAACAGCCUCGAGUGCCACUUUCCAACCUGAUGAAGCAGGAACAUGGACAAUAGCUAUUACUUACAAAGGCGAUCAUAUUCAGGGUGGUCCUUUUACGUGUGAAGUGUUCGAUCCUGCUGGGGUUCGAUUAAGUGCAGGGGCUCUGGAAGGAGCAGAGCCACUAAAGCCUCACUCUUUCGAACUAGACACAAGCGGUUGUGGAGUCAAAGGCGACCUACAGCUAGACAUUGUUCAUGAUAAACGCAGUGUCAUGUGCGCAUUAGAAAAACUCUCUGCAACCAAAUACCGCGCGACCUUCAUGCCUAAAGCACCUGGAAAACACAGAUUGUACAUAUAUUUCAACGGAUACGACGUUCACGGCUCACCGCACGUGUUUAGGGUGGGAUCUCGUUCGAAGAAGCCUCGUGACAGCUCGAGUCCUUCGCCAGCUUAUGCAAGGAUAUCUAGUCCAGUUACUCGUCUCAGAUCUGAAAGUCCUAUGAACCAAUAUAAUUUACACGAAUCAAAUAUUUCUAAGCACACGAGCUCUAUAGAUCGUCGAGAUGAGAGACGUGAUUCCAAUGAUUAUUUCAAGUCUUCUUACGAUUCAGAAAACAAAGAAAAAAGUUUUGACAUGACCGAUUCCGCUUACUCAACAUCAAAGGCUACUAAGAGGGAAACCUAUACGAGAUAUGGCUCAGAGAGUCCUAGGAAUAGAACAGCCAGUCCAAUAACAACAAAACAUUUAGGGAAUGGUUCACGAUUGGAUGUCAAUAGGUCUGGGAGUCCGUAUAGAGCGAGCAGUCCAUACCGCGCCACAAGUCCAGUGGGCCGGACUACAAGUCCCCUUAUCCGAAAAGAUAGCCCUUUGAACAGAACGGCCAGUCCAAUUAACAGAGUAAACAGCCCGAUAGAGCGCUACAGCCCUGUGACCUCAACAAAGCGCGUGGUCGAGAAGCGUUCCAACUAUAAAAUGUACAGCUCGUACAGCGGGUCACAGGACAAUUUGGACCAAGGCAGUCCUUGCUCAUCGUUGGAGAAUGAACGCAGAAGACUGGGUAGUCCAAGCAGGGGAGAUCCGGGUGGAAAACCGUAUCAGGCGCGAACAGACUGGGAGAGUGUAGAAAAAACAAGACAAAUGAUGAGCGCUAACAGCCUCGACUCACCGAACAGCCCAGCGGAACGUUACCACGGACAGAACACUCUGGACCGCGAGACAAAACGCAACACUCAACUCAAUAAGUUCGGCGACUACUCACGCGACUCAUUCAACAAACACCUUGACCGGUUGGCAGAUGACAGAGAUUCGGAUACUUACACCAGUCGACAAGAGAUCAGCAAGCGCGAAAUACGAGAGAGCACAUAUGUUGUACGGGACUCAUCGUACAGUAGCGUAGAGGAGAAACAACAGCAGUCUUUUUUAUCCAAUAGGCCCCCCCGCGACCCGGCUGGGGGGGCCCGAACUGAGACGGACGCCGCACACGGACGUUUCAGACCAAUACAAAGGGAUUAUAAUAGAGGUGCCAAAGGAAUAUUUGUAAAACCAACUCACAGGGGAGUUGUAGGACAACCAGUUGAGUUCAUUGUGGACGGUAGUACGGCAGGACCUGGUCAUCUGGAACUUGAAGUUUCUGGUGGUAAUGGUGCGUUGGUGGCCAGCUCAGUUCGUCCACUUGGCGGCCACCGGUAUGCCGCCGCAUUCACGCCCCGAGUGUCGCAACCACAUACAGUCAGAGUUACAUUCAAUGAUGAGCAUGUACUAGGAUCUCCGUGGAAGGUCGAGGUGAUGGCAGGGCCGGCGGGUGGCGGAGGAGGGGAGCCCACUCGGCUGAUCCCUGCAAGAGUUCCAGCCGUCUUCGAAAUAACCACCUCACCAGGGACGGCUACGUUCAGUAAAAAUGAGGUUGGUGUAACAGUGACAGCUCCCUCUCGUCGGCCGGUCACUGCACGAGUUCUGGACGUGGCUGAGCGACCAGGUGUCUACCGCAUCGAGUUUACGCCUGAGGAAGUCGGCACACACUUGAUCGAUGUAUCAAUAGGUGAGGAUAAGCUGGCUGCUGGCCCACUGGUUGCCAAAGUAUACGAUGCUAGCCUCAUCAAAGUCACAGAUGUUGGAAACGCGGUUGUGGAACAGAAAUGCCAGUUCAAAGUUGAUGCUAGCGCGGCAGGUGAGGGGCAGUUGGAAAUAUCAAUAAACGAAGGCGAGGUCCCAAAUAACGUGCAGGUCGUUGGAGGUGGAAGAUGUCUUGUAUUUUGGCGUCCUGAAGUAGCAACGCCUCACCGAGUAGAUAUUAAGUUCAACGGAGAACCAGUGCCAUCGUCUCCUUUUAUAUUUCACGUAGCGCCUGCACAAAGAGUUACCAUUGACACGUCACAAGUUGAACUUAUCCCAGUCGGAGAAGUAGCAUCAUGUUCUGUUCGGGUGGAAGGUUCGGCCGGAGGAGAGUUAACUGUAACUGUGCGUGGACCUAGGGGAGAAGUUCCUGUUCGUCUGACAGGAGAUGCUGUUACCGGUUUAGUCGCCAGCUUUACACCAAAGAAUGUCGGACCACAUACACUUACUGCACAGUAUAACAACCAAAUAGUGCCAGGCACACCGUUCAUAUGCAAAGCUUAUGACAGCAAGUUAGUCAGCGUCAGUGGAGGUGCUUCAGCCAGGGUUGGAGUUCCAGUGCAGUUAGCUGUUGAUGCUGCACUGGCUGGUGAAGGCAAUCUAGAAAUCACUGUUGCUGCAAGAGGUCUUAAUAUUCCCACACAAGUUCACCCCCAGGGAAAUGCUCGGUUUAUGGUAUCUUUUAAUCCAACAGAAGCGACUGACCAUGUAGUCAAUGUCUCAUUUAAUAAAAUGCGAGUACCUGGCUGUCCGUUAAUCAUCCAGGUGUCUGAAGGUGGCGGUGGAGUUGCCCGUGUCACCGUACCAGGCCCUGCACCAUUACAUCAACCAGCCACGCUCACAUUACACCACUCUACUGCCACUCUUGACCAGAUAGAAGUUAAUGUUGAGGGGUGUCACCAGAAGUGGUCGGACGCAGGGCCCAACGGCGCGUCGGUGCCCGCGGCUGUGGCGGCGGCCGGCCCCGGGGUGUUCCGGGCCGAGUUUGUACCGCGAGCUGUUGGAGAACACCGGCUCAACGUGCUCGUCGAUUCUGUGCCUAUACCCGCCAGUCCUUUCCAUUUAAAAGUAUAUGACGUCACUGCUAUUAGAGUAAAAGAUGUCACACACGGAACUGUCGGAAAGCCAGUAACGUUUUUAGUGGAAACCAUGGCAGCUGGUCCAGGUAACUUAGAAGUAACAGUAAACGGUGGACGAGUACCUACAGCUGCAGCCGCACAAGGAGCGCACACUUACGCAAUCAGUUUCACACCAAGAGAUCCCAGGCCACAUACUGUUGAAUUGAGAUUCAACGGAGACCAUGUACCAGGCAGUCCAUUCGUAUGCCAUGUGUCCGCACCAGCUAGAGUGAUAGGAGCGGGCUCAAGCGAAUCUCCUGACAAAGUAUCCGUCGGUGAAGCCUACACCUUCAGUGUAGAUUCGCCAACCUCUCCUCACGUCGAAGUGCUCGGACCAGCCAGACGACCCGUCUCAGUACAGGUUUCAGCUGAAGAGACAAUCGGAGAAAAUGAGGCCAGCAAACGAUAUACCAUAUCUUUCGUACCUGUCGACGUAGGCGAUCACAGUAUUGAGGUACGCGCAGGGGCUAUGGGCGGACAUGUUGAAGGCAGUCCAUUUCUUGUGAAAGCCUACAGCGCAGCGCGAGUCAACGUCACGGAUAUUUCACCCGGUGUUGUAGGCAGACCUGUCUCAUUCACCAUCAAUGCUUCGCACGCCGGUGCUGGUAACUUAGAAAUAAUAGUAGCUGUAAACGGUAGAAAUGUACCGAACUAUGUGCAGAGUGAAGGGAACGCAAGGUUUAAGGUGAACUUCAAACCCGUUGAGGCAGCUCCACAUACAUUAUCCGUCCGAUUUAACGGUCAAGCAGUACCAGGAUCACCGUUCACGUGCACAGUAACUGCACCAGCUCCAGCAGGAGAUGCACGGGCAUCGGGACCCGGCUUGGUAUCUGCCCCAAGAGCUGAGCCUGCCGAUAUACAUAUCACUGGCUGCCAUUCUGGUGAACCAGCGGUAUACGUUGCUGGACCUGGCGGUACCAACGUCCGCACGCGAGUGUCCCCGACAGGCGAGGGUCGUUACACCGCAACGUACACACCAGAAGCUGUUGGGAGACACACAGUGCAGAUCACGUGCGCCGGUCGACAUGUGCCAGGAUCGCCCUUCACUUGCAACGUAUAUGACGUUAAACGUGUCAGAGUCACUGGAUUGGGCCCUGGAGAACUUGAAGGUACACUCGAGGGACUCAGCUUAGAUGACGGGGUUGAAGAGGAGCGCGGAGUGGAAGUAGGCAAACCGGUGACAUUCAGUGUGGACGCAGCCGGCGCUGGCGAAGGGACUUUAGAACUUGUUGUAUCUACACCUUCUACUACUGUCAAGGCUGAGGUCGUAGCUGUCGCCCGCGGUCUAUACGACGUCACGUUCGUACCAGUUUCACGAGAGCCACACCGUGUAUCCGUCACUUUUAAUGAGCAACCAGUACCCGGAAGCCCCUUCGUAUGUCGAGUCAGCGAGCCACACACAUAUGUACAAAUAGGUGGAGUAGCAACAGUAGAAAUAGAUGAAAAUUUAUCUGAUGUUGAAGUAAUCUCCCCAACUGGGACUCGAGUGGCCGAAGCUCACUUGGAAGAUACAGGACUCCUCACAUUCCCAGCGAGUCGUGUCGGUAGAUAUGUGGUGAGGAGUUCAAGGGGGCCGGUAGCUGACGUAGAAGCGCUCGACGCCUCUGCUGUCCAAGUACUAUCUAUUGGCGAUGCUGUUGCUCAUCGACCAGCUGUACUUACUGUAAACACAAGUGGCGCGGGCAACGGUCGGCUAUCAGGCCGGGUCACUUGCGGAGGUGCAGGUGUGCCACAUUCAGUUCGACGUAGGGGUGGAUCUAGACAGGAAGUCGUGUGGCACCCAGCCAGAGCAGCACCUCACCGUUUGACGUUGCUAUGGAGUGGCUCACCUAUAUCCAACCAGCCAUUGAUCAUCGACGUGCAGCCCGCACACCACUCCCAGGAGGUGGCGGCCUCCGGUCUCGGUUUGUACCAAGCGCAAGUGAAUCGUGUUGCAUCGUUUAGUAUUGAUACUCUCGGUCGUCCAGCGAGGGAGUUUGACGUGGUUGUCUCUGGUCCUGGUUCAAGAGCACUGCCAGUCAGGUGUUAUCAGACUAAGUCGGGGUUAUUGCAGGCCGAGUAUACGAUCACCGAAGUUGGUCAGAGCACGAUAGAGGUUUUACACUUAUCAAAACCUGUAUCUGGCAGUCCAUUCACUUGUGAGUCGUUCGAUCCGAAUAAAGUUAUUAUAUCUGGAUUACCUACAGGAAACAUUAUCGCACAAACACCUAUCAAUUUCACAGUUGACACAAAAGACGCUGGUGUAGCGGAACUUGAAGUGGUAUGUGAAGCGAUGGGCGAACGUCGCGUACGUCUACCAGUCGAUAUUAGAGAAGAUGGACACACAUAUAGAGUGCGUUUGCGACCCACUGUUCCUGCUCAUUACAGAAUAUACAUCACUCAUGGUGGAGCGAACGUGACAGGCAGCCCCGUCUCCCUGGGCAUACUGAGCGGUCGGAGCAGCAGCGUGGCGCGCUGUGCGGGCACCGGGCUAGCGCACGCGCACGUCGGGAAGGAAGCCGCCUUCACCAUCAACUGUACAGAGGACACGCCGCCUACUGUACAGGUCGAAAGAUUAACAACAGAUGAAAAAGAGGACAGUCAGGACUCUGGUCUUUUAGAGUGUCGAGUAGUAGCAGGUGCAGCGCGCGAGUGGCUCUGUGCGUACAUACCGCUGGUUGUGGGGCUCUACGAGGUGCGGAUAUUCACCAGCAGUGGACCACUCCCCGGUAGCCCAUUCUCCGUUAAGGUCAUAGACACUUCAGCAAUCGUCCCAGUUGGCGGUUGGGGAGCAGACGCGUCGGGACGUGUGCGAGCGCCAUCAAAACUUGUUCUCGACACAAGUAACGCUGGCCCCGGCACACUUGAAUGUUUGCUAGCGGGAAGACAUCAACGUGUGGAAACGGUGUCGGGUCGGGCCGUGGUGAGCCUGUCGGGCGAGGCGGGCGGCGAGCAGGAGCUGGAGCUGACGUACAACGGCGCGCUGGUGGCGGGUGCGCCGCGCCGCGCGCUGCUGGCGCCGCCCGCCUCCGCCGACCGCGUCACGCUCGCCGGCCGCGGCCUCGCGCACGCCUCGCCCCACGCGCCCGCCGUCUUCACCAUCGAUGGGAGUGCAGCCGGUCCAGGUGCUCCAGAAGCAUCUUUAAUGUCUCCAGACGGCGACAAUAUCCCUGUACCAUUAACAGCAGCUGGACCGGGCUUAUGGAGAGCUACUUACACGCCACGAAAUGUAGGAGACCAUCAACUUCGAGUUCUAUGGGCUGGAAGACUCGUUAAAGGCUGUCCGCUGACGGUGAGCGUGUCGGCGGGCGGGGAGAGCGGGGACGCGUCCCGCGUGGUGUGCUCGGGGCCGGGGCUGGCGGGCGGCGUGCUGGGCCGCGACAUCCGCGCCUGGCUCGACACGCGCCGCGCCGGGCCCGGCGAGCUCACCGCGCACUGCACCGGGCCCAACAAGGUGGCGUACUGUGAACUUUACGAGCACGGCGAUGGCACGUUUACCCUGAAUGUGAAGCCAGCGGAGGCGGGUAGACAUAUGCUCAGCAUACAGUUCGCCGGAGAACACGUGCCGGGGUCGCCUUUCGUACUCAAAGUUGCAGGUGCUCCCGACCCUUCAAAGGUCCGCGUUUAUGGUCCGGGUGUGGAACCAGGCGUGCUGGCUACAUUCCAGUCGCGAUUCCUAUGUGACACACGCGGUGCAGGAGCAGGACAGCUGACGGUGCGAGUGAGAGGACCUAAAGGCGCUUUCAGAGUUGAGAUGCAGAGAGAGAGCCAGAAAGAUCGCACUAUACUUUGUAAAUUUUCACCAACGGAACCAGGCGACUAUCGAGUAGAAGUUCGGUGGGCUGGCCGUCACGUUCCAGGGUCCCCCUUCCCCGUCAUGAUCUUCGACACGCAAGAAGAACUUCGCCGCUACCUACAGGCCAGCGCUGCUUGA